CUCUUCUACUCUGCAAAGCCCAGACCAAAUAAAAGUACCACACUCCUAUAAACCAAAAGAACAGAACAAAAUCAAGCCGUGGGAGAGUGUUGAAGAACGAAAAUGGUGGUAACCGAAGAACAAAAAUGCACCCCCACAAGCCAAAAGCAGUCAAGUAGCCAAAACAUGGUCGCUCUUCUCAGCCCAAGGUUCAAAUCUGCGGCUGCUAAAGCCGGUUGGGAUGAAGAGGCUCUGUUACUGGCCAGCCUCAUCGUCGAAGACACGCCGGAAAGAGAUUCCAAGCACAAGAGGCGUUCUAUUCUGAACAUCAAAACCCCACCACUAUCUAAUUCAAAAAAGAAGCGCAGAGUUCAGAGGAGUCCACAACUACAAGCAGUCCCUGUAGUUGUUCUUGAUCUUGAUGCUGAAGAUUCUCCCACAAAGGGUAGUGGGAAAAAGAAGAAAGAAAAGAAAAACUCUGUGGCUGAAGGAAGUAAAGGAGGAGCAGAUGAAUCGAAUCAGAAUCAGAAGAAGGAUUCUUCUGGUGUCUCCUCUUCAAGUUCCACCAGUUCUGCUCUUCCCUGCAUUGAUAAACUUAAGGAGGAGCUUUCCUGUGCGAUUUGUUUAGAGAUAUGCUUUGAGCCAAGUACCACUCCUUGUGGUCACAGCUUUUGUAGAAAAUGUCUGCGAUCUGCUGCGGACAAGUGUGGCAAGAAAUGCCCCAAAUGCAGGCAAUUGAUAAGUAAUGGACGAUCCUGCACCAUUAACACAGUUCUAUGGAACACAAUACAGCUCCUGUUUCCUCAGGAAGUUGAAGCAAGGAAAGCAGCUGCAGCUAGUGCCUUGAAUACUAGUGAAAAGGCUCAAUGUCUGAGUCCAGAAACAGCAUUUUACAGUAACCUAAGGAAUCGAAGCACGCAACCUAGUCAUGGGGCACCAAGCAGAGGAGCUGGACAAACCCACCAAGGAUCCAGGGUUGUUCAGACUAGUUCAAGGAAUCAAACCUCAACAACAGCAGCAGCUAUAGCAGCAGCAUCUGCAAGAGUGAGGACAAGAAGAGUGGUUUCUAACCAAGAUGAAGAUGCUGCUUUGGCUCUAAGGUUGCAAAGAGAAGAGUUUCUUCAAGUUUAUAGGGGGGGAAGCCAGGAGCAGUCCAGCACUUCAUUAUCUAGAGCAAAUUUGAGGGCUAUGGCAUCUAGAGCCAUGAAUCUUCGCAUUAGAGAUCGAAGAGUAUAAAUAUAGAUUGCAUGUGCUGCACAAUUUUGAGUGAGUGGUUUUAGUUUUUAGGUACAAGUUGAUUGCAAAAUCAACCGAUUUCCUGAAUUCUGGUGAUUUAAUUUUUCUUUAAUUUAAAACAUAGAAGAAUAUGAGUAACAUUUGCUCCCCCUAAAGAUAAUGAAAUUAGUAAUUUGGCAUUCAUUGAGACUAGAUUUCUUUAUGCUGAAUCCUUGUCUGGCCAACAUCUUUCUUGAUCUUUAAGUGAUACUCCAAGGGAUAUUAGUUCUUGAUCAUUCAAAGAGUAUGUAACAAUGAUUUGUCAUAAUUACUUGGAAAUGAGAUUUCUCACAUGUUGGGAACCAUCCAAGGGAUAUUAGUUAUUGAUUUGUGACAUCAAUGUGAAUCGCUGUGCUUCUUUGUGUUAAUUGGUUGAUUCUCUUUUGAGUGAUCAGAGAACUUUAUGCUAAUUUUUCUUGGGUUUUGAUCAGAGAACUUCUCUACGUGUUGAAAUUAAUCUAGUGUUUUGAUCUUCCAAACUUGUAAUUAUUAACCGAAGAAAUAAGGAAUA